CUCAUUUAUAUUCUUCAGCGUACAGAAAUAGGAUCUAAUACUGACUUUAUUCGAGGAGGACAAUCUUAACGAAACAUUUUACAGAGUGAGAGAUGGAUUCGCAGACUAAGGCUGCGCCGAUGCGCGUGCUCGUCACGGGCGGAUCCGGAUUGGUCGGGAAGGCCAUCGAGCACGUGGUGAAACAAGAAGGCGGCUGUCUCGAGGGCGAACAGUGGACCUUCCUCUGCUCCAAAGAAGCCAACCUCGUAGAUCUACAACAGACAAUAGCAGUUUUUAAGAAGUAUCGGCCCACCCAUGUCAUCCACCUGGCUGCCAAGGUGGGAGGACUCUACCUUCACAUGAAGGAGAACCUACACUUUCUGAGGGACAACCUUCGCAUCAAUGACAACGUGCUGCAGACGUCUCACGAAAUGGGCGUCAUCAAGGUGGUGUCCUGCCUGUCCAGCUGCAUCUUUCCUGACAAGACCACCUACCCUAUCGAUGAGAGCAUGAUCCACAAUGGGCCUCCACACGACUCAAACUUUGGCUACUCACAUGCCAAAAGAAUGAUUGAUAUUCAGAACAGGGGAUACUUUGCACAGCAUGGGCGUCGCUACACCGCCGUAAUCCCGACUAACGUGUAUGGUCCCUAUGACAACUUCAACUUUGAAAAUGGUCACGUGCUGUCGGCACUCAUGCACAAGACACAUGCUGCUAAAAAGGAGGGAACCCCUCUACAGGUGUGGGGCUCCGGAACACCCAGGAGACAAUUCAUCUACUCUCUGGAUGUAGCGCGUCUGUUCCUCUGGGUGCUGCGGGAGUAUGAUGAGAUUGACCCCAUCAUUCUCUCUGUGGGGGAGGAGGAGGAGCUCUCCAUCAAGGACUCCGUAGAGAUGAUCGCAGAUGCCCUGGACUUCAAAGGUCAAAUAGUUUUCGACACCAGCAAGUCAGACGGUCAGAUGAAGAAGACGGCCAGCAAUGCCAAGCUGCGACGCUACCUCCCUGACUUCACCUUCACGCCGCUCUCUGAAGGUAUCAAGAAGACCUGUGAUUGGUUCGUGAACAACUACGACAUAGCCCGAACAUGAAGACCAAUGAAGAUAGAGACAUGAAGAUUGUUUAAUGAAAAAGACUAGGGCUACGUCCCAAUACUACUACUGUGCCUUCCUUCUCUUGUGUCCUUUCCUUCAUGUCAACUGAUAAGUGAACGUUCUGGAUAGGUUUCACCAUAUGGCCGGUUAAUUUCUGUCAGAUCAGUGGUCAUGAAGGAAAGGCACACAGCACUCACAAUCUCUGUGAAAGUGGAGGCAGGUAUACCCCACCUUGUUGUUCUCCCCAGCACUGUCUGGAAGCAAUUUUGGAUCCUCUCCUCUAUUUGCACCGUUGAUGUCAGGGAUUGACAUUAAGGUCUGAAAGGCUCUUGUCCAUCGGACAGCAGUAUAUUUUUGGUGGUUGCCUGAUGAUUAUUGUCACUUGCCAGAAAAUUUUUAUGUAGUUGUUUACACGCAAAAUGAUCAAUUAAAGGGAUACUUGGGGAUUUUGGCAAUGAGGCACUUUAUCUACUUCCCCAGAGUUAGUUGAACUUGUGGAUACCAUUUUUAUGUCUCUAUGUCCAGUAUAAAGGAACUUAGAGGUAGUUUCGUGAGCCAAUGCUAACUAGCAUUAGUGCAAUGACUGGAAGUCUAUGGGUAUCUGCUAGCAUGCUAGGAAGCAGAAAAAUCUGUUUGGAUGCGUAACUUUUGCAGAGCGUGAGACCCUCCGACAACCUGGUUGUAAUUGUACCAGCUCUGGGGGAGACUUAGAUUUCAAAGCACAGCUCACACCCGAGAGCAAUAGGAUAUAGUAUUGGCUGGCGCUCUGCUCGCCCUGACCAAAAGUUACGCUUCCAGUGUAGCAGGUCAAAAAAGCCCCAGUGUAGCCCCUAUGUUAGGCUACUGAAAUUCAGCUUUAAAAAAUCACCUGCCUAAUGGGGCAACCACAGAGCAGGUUCAACUUGUCCGGCGGCCAUAAAUGCCAUAAAUUGUCCGUCUUUCACUUAAACAAUGGGGAUGAACCAGAAUGAUCAAUUUUAGGCUAUGUCUACUCAGAGCAGGUUCAACUUGCCCGACUGCUCAGUUCACUUGCUCCAGGCAAUAGGGCAACCCUUAAGGUCAAUCCCUGAUUAUGUCCUUCCCUGACGGUGGCUGAAACGGUCCAGCCACCUGAUCACCUAUGACUACCAGUUACUAUGAGCAAUACUGCAGGGUAAUGUGUUUACACUCAAAUAUAUCACAUUUUUAUUUCAAUAUCUAAAAUAUAUAGUUGAAGUGUAUGAUCUAUUUGUGAUUGAAUAUUGACAAAAAUAUUAAAGGGCUUUUUCUUGAUGUAAGAA